CUCCUCUUCAUCCUUGCAAGAUGAUUGAAGAAAUCUAUACCUCUCUAAUACACCCACUGAUUUAAAAACACAUACACAUAUACUUCUUACAACCAACUCCGUUCAAAAUGUCCGAGUCCUACUCCAGCUCUUCCUACUACUAUAGCUCUUCGAGCAGUGCUGACGACGGCACCACGUCCACCGGCCAGCGCUAUGCUACUACCUCUCAUACUGAGCCUGACGGAACCACUACUGUUCGCACCGUGCGUCAGGAUCUGGGCGAACCGGCUGUCGUUGAGGAAAGACGCUUUGAUCAGACGGGUCGGCAAUUGACUGCCGAUGACACUUCGGCAGGGGGAAUGCGGCGUAUUACGGAUUUAGACGAGGAGGGGGAAUCUUAUGAUUAGGGUGCAUGAAAUCUUGAGGUCGAGGAUGUGAGAUGCUUCUUAGUUUCUAAUGGAUGGGAGCAUAAUCGAAUGGCUUGGGAUGAAC